GGAACGUCAGCCACCCAAGAGAACUCUCAGCCAUUCUCAAAGCACCAGUGUUAUUCGAGACGUGUCGUUCUCGCAUAAUAUGGAAUACUUGGUCAGUGUCGAUGCGUCCAACCGCGUUUACAUCUGGAAAGCUACAACCCCCAUAUGAUGACGACUGUAGCUGUAAAUUUUUCCUGCCGUCUGUUUCGUUUUAAUGAAUGUUCCAUCUCGACCGAGGUCGCAUUUCUCAAAAAUGGCCGACUCUUUUUUGUUUUUUGUCUUGCUGAAAACAAGAAGUUUAUGUACAAGUUCGCGCUAUGCGCAACAAAUAAAAAAAAAAAAAGAAAAGAAGCUGAUUGAGCGGUUAUCGAGAUAAAAAAAAUAGGUUAUGCGACAUGAAAUUCACAACAGAGGGAAAUCAUAAUGUUUGUAGACAGUAAAGCUAUGGUA